GGGGGGCUGGAGAUAAAUGAUCCUUGAGGUCCCUUCCAACCCUGACCAUUCUGUGAUUCCGUGAUAUUCUCCUAGCAUUGCCUGUCAUGUGGAUGAUAGAUCUGAUUUUUUGAAAGGGAACAACAUAAAUAUGGCUAGUGCUCUUCUCCUUAUUCUUCUUUUUCUCCUUUUUCCUCUUCCUUACUCAUGACUUGGGGAGAGUAGACUAAUGAAAGGUAAGUAUACUAAUCAUCAUUUUUUCUACCAUUUGUUACUUUUUUUGUUCUGUCAUCUCUGAAUAGGUUUGUUGUUUUUUUAUCCCACUCAACACAGUGUCAGUGUAUUGCACCACGACAAUGCUUAUAAUAUUAAUUCUCGAUUAUGCAAGAUAUAAUUUAUGUAUAGAAACAGCUGCAUUUUAGGCAAAAAAUCACAGCUGUUUCAGUACUAGAGACGAGAGACGCUGAGAACUCCCAGCCACCAGUUUUAUGUACUCAAUGCACUAAAUUGAUGUUUUUAUUUAAAAACAUAUGAAAAAACAGUGUUAUAAUUAAAAGCAAGUGUUUGAGGCAAAUGGUUUAGAAUUGUAUUCACGGGAACGUGCAUUUUGGUGAUACACGGAGUACUGAAUGUAGCAUGUUGUAAAUGUUUAUACACACACGUAUUUAUAUAACAUGAUGUGUUGAGACGGUACAAGGGUAGCAGGGAUAAAGGAUCUUAAAAGAGUUAAAAACAAACAAGCAAACAAACAAACAAAAAAAAAACUCUGCAAGGUGGAAUUGGUGUUUACUUCAUCCAGAAUCAUAAAAUGCGUGGUAUUUGUAUGUAUAUUCUAUUUUUUAUGACACAAGAACAUUAUGCGUUGUAUUCCAAUGUCAACUUGUAGAGUAUUGUUUAUGUAUGUGGAAAGAACUUGCAGUCUAAGACAACCAGAUGUAAAUGGUAAUACAAAAAACACAUGAUUCAAAGUAGGAGAACGCAUACAUGUGGUUGACUACCACCAGCUGUUCUUCAGAUUCCCUGUUUUUGGCAGGCCAGACUUUAGAGGUAUUCUAAAAGGAACAAAGGGAGUUGAAAAUCGAUACAGUGUUGGCCUUCUUGAAUGAAUUAUUUCAGUGGAGAUAAGUAAUUUUGAACAGUGUGCAGAUACUGGUGUAGGAAAGGCAGAUGAGUAAGUUUUUCAAAGUAACAUUACCAAACAUUUGAAGUUGAGUAGGAAAGAAUGAAGUAGUUGGUCUCUUGGGUUAUGUAUGCUUUUGUUUACUAAUAAAAAUGAUCUUUAAAGUAAGACUGCUUGAAGAGGAAGCCUGUGCGUGAUUAAUUAUUUAAACUUGAACCAUAUGUUUCUUUUGAGCAUGUUUCUUGAAUUACCAUUUUAUUUCUUCAUAAACGUAUAAAUAAAGCAAUCUGCGUCUAAUAAGCAUGUCAUCACCUUCUCACUAGAUGACUGGAUAAACUAAUUUAACUAGGAUAGGGUCCUUCUAAACAAAAAUGUCUCUAAUAGCAUUUACUGGAGUUUGGGAGUAGGUAACAUUAAUGAUAUGCCAGAUAAUUUUCAGCUUGUUGCAGAAUUUGGCUAUGCACUACAGAAGAAUUUAAGGUCAAUAAACAAUUUACAGGAUUCUUGACCUUUGUAAUGAAUUUUGAAAAGGUGAGUAUGAUGUAACCUGAUGAUCAGCAACAGCUCAACAGUUUUGCUUUUCUUUGUUGUUGUUUGUUUGCUUUUAUUUUCUAAUGAGAAUGAGAAAAUGGUGGAACAGCAGAUCCUUAUUGAUCAGCUAAAAGAAAAACUGGAGAAGUUUACAGUUGUGAAAACACUGGACAUCUCAAGUGCUUGUGAAGAUGAGCCUGCUGUUGUGGCAUCUGCAAGGAGGCCAUACAGUGUCCCACUUACAAAGAGUCUGCUGCACUCACUUCACCCAACUUCAGGGACAGAGACCCGAAAGGUGUAUACCAGUCCCCCUGCUUUCUCCUUGGCUCGGAUGAUGGCGGGAUUCCGUGCUCGCAGCCAGAUGAUGCUGAGCUGCAUAGAAGAUCAAGAUGAAGUCCUUCGCUGCCACCUCUCUGAUGAGAGUGAUGGAGAGGAAGAAAAUACACAUAGUAAAAAGAAAAGCUCGUUUAAGCGUACAAUAAACCGCACAUGGACACGAAAACAAGCUUCUCUGUGCUUUCCCUUUGACUUAAUUGACAUGAAAUGUCAAGUAGAAAAUUCAAGUUUAUCCAACAAAUCUGCACUACAGAAUGACACUCACACAGGUGAAGAGAUUGACAGUCUCCAGAAAAGUCAUGUUUUUAACAUGCAGAAGUUAAAGAAUUCAGAGAUAAGACUCACUGAGGCCCAGCAGAAAAUUAGAGAACUUGCACUUAAUAUCAAAAUGAAGGAGGAACUAAUUAAGGAAUUGGUAAGAACAGGUAAGGAUGCACAGUCUGUAAGUAGACAAUAUACUCUGAAGAUAUCUGAGCUGGAGCAAGAAUCUGAGCAGGCCAAAAUGGAACUGGCUGAAACACAAAAGCAGCUUCAAGAGCUGGAAAGUAAGGAGGUGAGAGACAUUCAAGAGAAAGCAAGGUUACAAAAAGAGUUCCGGAAAAAGAUGGAUGCAGCUAAGUUGAAAGCGCAGGCCUUACAGAAAAAGAAGCAAGACUCUAAGAAACUGGCUUCGUUAUCUAACCAAAGUGAAAAACAAGCAACAGAACUUGAGCAGAACAUCGUUCAGAUGAAGCAUCAGCAGACCUUGCUAGAGAAAAGACUGCAUGAAGAGAGUGAAAAAAAGAAGCAACUAGAAACAGAGAUUCAGCGAGACCAGCAACAAAUUAAAGAACUGCAGCUUAAGAUGGAGCAACAACAGAAGAUUCUUACACUUAAAGAUAAAGAGAUUGCUGCAUUUAAAAAGAAUAACAACUCUGCAGGAGCUUCACAGAAGUCAGAGAAAUUAGAAGAGCAAAAGAAAUGGCUGGACGAAGAAAUGGAAAGAAUUCUCCAACAGCACCGACAAUUAGCAGAACUAGAAGAAGAUUUAAAGAAAAGAGAAGCCAUUGUAGCAAAAAAAGAAGCACUAUUGCAAGAGAAAAGCCACCUAGAAAUCAGGAAACUGAGAUCUAGCCAGGCUUUAAAUAAAGAUAGUCUGAAAUUGUCUUCUCGCUUAAGUAUGCUGGACCAGGAAUUGUGUGAUAAAAGUAUGCAGCUUCAGGGCAGCACUACUGAAGACAGGACAGACAUUCUGGAAAAAAUCCAGGUUCUUCAGAAGGAAAGAGAUCAGCUGCUCACAAGAAGAAAUAGUGUGGAUGAGAAAUUGAAAGAGGGUAAAGUGUUGUCAGCUGAAGAAGAGCAUAUCCUUUUCCAGUUAGAAGAAGGAAUUGAAGCUCUGGAGGCUGCUAUUGAUUACAAGAAUGAAAGUAUUCAGAGUCGACAGCACUUGCUUAGGUCUUCUUCACAAAUCCUUACACAGAGUGAGGAUAACAUAAUAGGAAAACUAGUUUCCUUGUCUGCUGCUGAACUUAGAGCUAUCCUUUUCAGAUAUUUUAAUAAGAUUGUUUGCCUGCGUGAGACUGAACGUAAGUUACAAAUGCAGACUGAAGAACAGGAAAUGAAGGUCAUAGAACAGGAAAACAUAAUACGUGAAUUAGAAUCUGCACUUGAACACAUCAAGUUGCAGUGUGAUAGGCAGCUGACUCUACAACACAGAGAACAUGAGAAAAAACUACAAUUGAUACUGCAUCAUUUCAGAGAACAAGAUGGUGAAGGUAUUGCAGAAACCUUGAAAGAGUAUGAAAUGAAAGUCCAGCAACUGGAAAAGGAGUUAUUUUUCUACAAGAAAACCAGCAGAGAGCUGAAGAAAAAAUUGAAAAGCUUCCUUGGAGAGUCAUCCCACCAACUACUCGCACCCUCUAAAUGUAAGUACGUUAUCUUAAAAUGCUUUUGCAAUUGUCCAUUGUGAAAACACGAUAUACAU